UGUAACCUGGCAACUCCAUCUGUCAUAUGCCUGACCGGUCGGGAAUAUUUUUUCCGCGAGAGCGAUCGAUUUUAAAUCCAUUAUUAAUGUCUAACAAUCAAAAAUCUAUUAAUGCAAGCUAGAAAUAGCUACAGGAGAUUCAUAGAUAUGAAUAAGAGCAGCUAUUGGAAACUACAAAUGUGCGGCACUGAGGAGGAGAUGCGAGAGGUGGCUGGCAGGAUCUGCAGGAACUACCUGCACGGAGCCUGGAAGACGGUAGACCCUAAGGAGCUGGACUUUAAGAGGAUCAGUGGAGGCCUAUCAAACUUCCUCUACUACGUGGCUCUCCCCGACGACACCUCAAAAUGGGGGACCUAUCAGAAACGCGAGAGCUCCCCGGAUGAUACAGACCCCGAUAGCCUGGAGAACAGGGCUGCCAGGAAGUCCAGCCAGGUGGUGAAGUGUAGCUCGUUCUCUUCACUUGAGGAACCUAGGAAGGUGCUACUAAGAAUCUACGGCCAAGUACACGGCGAGCGAGCAAUGGACGCUAUAGUGACAGAAUCAGUAAUAUUUACCCUACUGUCGGAAAGGAGGCUCGGGCCGCGUCUACACGGCGUCUUCUCCGGGGGAAGAAUUGAAGAAUAUAUACCUGCCCGGCCCCUCCUAACGAAAGAACUGGCAGACCCCUCGCUGUCCAUGAAGAUUGCUGAGAAGAUGGCAGCCAUCCACUCCAUGGAAGUACCUCUGAACAAGGAACCCAACUACCUAUGGAAGACCAUGUAUAAAUGGCUGAAGACGGUGAAGGAGGAACGGCUUGCUGGCACCAUUCAGGGGAAGAACGAGGAAGAAGAGCGCAUUAUCAAGCAGCUGAAGAACACGGACUUGGAGAAGGAGUUGGAGUGGUUGAAGAAGUUCCUCGCGACCGUCGAGUCGCCUGUCGUGUUCUGUCAUAAUGAUUUACAGGAAGGCAACAUCCUCCUAGCCGAAGACAGUCCCCCCCUGACCAGCGAGGAGGACGUGUCAGCUAUCUACGUCAGGAGCUUCGAGUCUGACGACACCUCAUCCAAGGUUAACAGCGCCAAUAAGGAUAACUUCGAAAUCGCAUACGAGGAUGCUAAUACCUCUGAUACAGUUUUAAGCCACAUAUCCGACUGGGGUGAACCGAAACUAGUUUUAAUAGAUUUCGAGUAUUGUGCUUACAAUCAUAGAGGAUUCGAUAUCGCCAAUCAUUUUCAAGAAUGGGCAUUUGACUAUACCAACCCGGAACAUCCGUUUUAUUAUGAAAAUCAAGAUUUUACGCCCAGUUUGGAGCAGAAGGAAAUAUUUAUCCGCGAAUAUCUGAAGCACUACCAGGCCGGCAGUCCGGACAAGUCGGAGGCCACGCUAGACGAUGUGAACAAGCUGUUAGACGAGGUCGAGGCGUUCGCUUGUGCCUCGCAUCUGUUCUGGGCGCUCUGGUCUAUCGUUAAUGCCUCGAAGAGUCAAAUACCUUUUGGUUAUUGGGAAUACGCGCUAUCAAGACUAGACAACUACCUAAGACUAAAACAGGAGGUUAUCAAGAAGGAUAAAUACGGCCUCCCACAAAAAAGGAAAAUUUGCGAAGUCGACAUAUGAGAGGGAACCCAAAAACUCGCGCUGUAGACCUCACACCGUGAGGUCUCACGACGAGAGAUCAGACCUUUACGAGGUCCAAUCGACCCCCUAAAGGUCCUAAGGUAAGACUCAGGAUUAACGAGUUUUUUCUUCUAAGUGAUGAUGGACUUUCGAAGUCCGAUGGACUUUGAAUUUUUGGACCUCAAGAGGUCUUGUGUUGGAAGUCGGUUUUUCUAUGGACUUUUUAAGAGACUGAUCAUGGAUUUGUGUUUAAAAGAUGGCGGUUUGUAAGGGUCUAGAUUGGAUUUUUAGAGGUCCGAAAUUUGACUGUUUUUGUCUGUAUAAAUAAUGGGAUGAACUCUAGAGUUCCAAGCUGGACUUUUACAAGUUCAAGACCCAAGGAAUUUUGGUGUAAAUAUGGUGAAAAAGUUAACAAUUGGUUCCUUAAGAUCCAGUAUUCUUAACUCAUAUUAGAUUUUACAUUUAGAUGUCAACUUUACUGUAAAAAACCUCAGUCCAAAAAAAUGUUAAAACUACCCGCUUUUUGAAAAUUUCCAAGUACCCAAAUAACUUAUUCCGUUAGUUCUAGACACUUGAGAUCUGCAUAUCCUAGAGAUAGAGUAGCUUUAUCGAAAACGGUUUAGCAAUUUCGGAUAAUCUCGAAUUUUAAGUACAAAAAUGUGUUUGCAUGUUGUUUAUCGACUCCGGAAUUUGCGAAAUUUGACUGAAUUUGUAAGAAUUGGCGCUUAAUAGACAAUAUUUAAGAUUUUUUAAGCUAUUAUAAAUUAUAAGUAAUUAUAACUUAUAAAUACACUAGCUGUACCGGGAUGAAAUAUAGCCUAUGUUACUCGGGAAGAGUGUAGCUUUCCAACAGUGAAAGAAUUUUUCAAAUCAUUUCAGUAGUUUUGCAGCAUUUAGGGUACCUCUUUCUUAUAAUAGUAUAGAUAAGCGUAUGUUGUUACAAUAUAAUUUGUAUUAACAAUAAUUAUGACAAAACUUUCAAUCAGUAUGUGACAUUUAAACUACUAAACGCAUAGACCGAUUUCAAUAUAAUUUUUACACAAAGAUAGCAGCCAUUUUCUGUCAAUGUUGCCUAUUUUACGCCUCUUCUUAAAUGGAUAUGUUACUUAAAUUUAAGGAUCUCUAAAAAUGAGUGCGUUCUUAAUAAAAAUUACCAAAAAAUAUGAAAAAAAAAAUCACAAGAAAAAACCUCUCUUGUACGUAAUAUUAAGUCAAUGUAAAAUAUAUUACAAAAUAUUACUUAAAAUUAAUGUUUAUUAUUGUAAAAUGUUUAAAUUGUUUGAGAUUCAAAAUGCAACUUUAGGUUUAUAAAUAUGAAAUAAAAAUUAUUGCGUUAUUUAAUAUGUCCCGACUUUUGUAAUUUCGCUCUUAAUGUACCAAAAAUAUUACUUUUUAUUCUAACUACUUUAAACAAAAAUUAUUUUAGCCGUAAUACAUUGCAAAUUGAUUUCCUACAUUUUUUAAAACAUCAUUUUUUUCGAUCAAAUUUAUAUGAAAGUAAGUAAAGCUGAAAAUUUUUAAAAAUGGCUGAAUCAAUAUGGGUGAUUUUUCUUAAUAAGAUACUAGCUUCUGCCCGCGGUUUCACCCGCAUCCCGGAUGGUAACAAAAACUAUCCUAUGUUUUUCUCCCGGGUCUAAUUUUCAGCUUUAAUUAAACGGUUCACCCAUCCUUGCAGUACAUAAGUUGUGUAACUAACACGACUUUCUUUAUUAUGAUAAAAAAAUCAAAACUCAAAGUAAUAUUUUUGGUAUUUAAAAUCGAAAUUAUAGUAGCUGUAUCAAGCUCAAAUUGUUAGUCAGCUCAACUUUGUACAUAAUUAUAAUAAGGCUAUUUAGAGUCGGGAAGCAAACAUAUGUUAUGAAUACAAAACUUAAUAUAAAAGUUAUAUUAUAACACAAUAGUAAGUCUGACACCAGUCUAACCAAGGUGUCGGGUUGCCCGGGUAACUGGGUUGAGGAGGUCAGACAGGCAGUCGCUCCUUGUGGCACACUGGUACUCAGCUGCAUCCGGUUAGACUGGAAGCCGACCCCAGCAUAGUUUGGAAAAAGGCUCGUCAUAACUCGUCACACAUGGUGUCAUAAUGUAACUUUUUAUACUAAAUUAAAUUUAAAAUAUUACAAGUAAAAAAAAGUGUAAAUUGCCUAGUUCAUAAGUGAUGUGAUUUUAGAUUAUAAGUAAGCAUCUGCGAUGCGGUUGGAACGAAUGAAUUUCUUGUAGAAAAAAAAAACAAUAAAAUUACAUUCCUAUCCAUAUAUUUAGUGUGUAUGAAAUUAUUGACAUUUGUGUGUAUUUUACCUGACUAUUGAAAUAUCCUGAAAAUUGUAAGUGUCCCCUGAUAUUGACCUAUAGUAUAGCAAAACGUUUUCCAAAUAUAAGAUAAUACUUGAAUAGACUCUACUGAGAAAUAAUACCAAAUUGACGAAAAUAUGCGAAAUUAGUACUUGAACUAAUUUGCCCAAAAAAUAUUAAGAAUAACUGCAUAUUUAUUGCAAAGUACGAACACAGAAUUGACGACGAAAAUUGCGCAACACUGCGCUAAGUUUGCGCAACUUAGCGCAAAAUUUGCGCAACUUUGCGCAAAGUUUGCGCAACUAACAAAGGCACAGCAUAUCCUAAUAUUUGCUAAAUUAGUGUAAAAUUAUUGUGCCUUUGAAUUGUGAAGCUUAUCUAUUGAGAUAAACAGUGUUUUACAUAACACUGACUGAUUAGAAAUUUGCUAAAAUGUGUACUUAAAAAUUACUAUUAAUUUUGGUAUAUUUUGAGUGUAAUCUUGUGAUAAAAAAACACAAUUUCUCAAAAAAAUAUUGAGGAUUUUGUAAGUACGUCUAAAUUUCUGCAAAAAUGAUGAAUUUGUACUUAUAUAAAAGGCAUAUGACAUUACUUAAAAAGCGGACUGAAAUAAUAAUAAUAAAUGUAUGACAAAAAAGCGAAAAAAUAUUUCGACAAAAAUGCAAAAAUAACUGUAAAAAUGUUGUCAAGCAAAUCAGAUGUAAUAUUCAUAUCUGACCUGAAUAUUUGUACGUAAAUAAUACAUAAACCUUUCCCGUCGUACCACAAGAACUUUUAAACGUCUGUUGAACACUUGUCUAGAAAAAUGGCAGAUUAAGACAUUGAAAUAAGGUCCGUUUUGAAGCCACACUUUUUUUAGACAAGUGUUCAACAGAUGUUUAAGUUUUUGUAGUAAGGCUGUUCAUGUUUUGUAAUGAAGGACAAAAACGAGUGAAUAAUACAUAUUAAUAUGGACAUUUAGAGUAAUCUGCAGACUAAACGGUCGGCCGAUGGUUGGCAAACAUUUUUUUUUUACGAAAAUCUUGAUUCCAAUCAAAGUUUUCAGUCGGUCUGAUACCGGCUAAACACCUGAUCUUUGUAAUGUGCGUACUACCAUUCAUCUUCAUACUGAUUUAUGAGCCCAAACAAACUAUCGGCCGACUAAAAGUUUGUAGUAUUACUUGGCGCGAAAUAAUAUCCUGGAUUUGACUAUCUUAUACAAUCUUCAAAUUAUUAUAUUAUCGAAAUAAAGAUAGGAUUUUAAUGUAUAAAAAAAACUAGAUAUUUCCGGUUUCACCGACAUCCCGUGGGAACUACUGCCCGUACCGGGAUAAAAUAUAGCCUAUGUUUCUUGGGAAGAGUGUAGCUUUCCAACAGUGGAAGAAUUUUUCAAAUCCGUUCAGUAGUUUCGGAUCCUUUGGGUGAACUUUUUCCUCUAAUUUAAUCCUAUGUUUAUUUCGAUAAUAUAAUACUUAACAGUACGUAAAAAACUGAAAUUGAAAAAAUAAAAAAAAAAUUAAAAUUCUUUUGAUUUUUUAAUAAACAAUUUCAGUUGAAAAAAAUAUGUAAAAAUAUGGCAUGUGUACAAAAAAAAUGGUUUAUUUAAUACUUUGGAAAUACUGUAAAUAGUCACUAUCUUGUGAUAAAAAAUGAUUUUAUGUAUAUUUUUUUUAUUUUAUUUUUUAUCUAUACAUAUUUUUAAAGAUUGUUUUUUUUUUGUAAUAAUAAUUAUGGAUAAUACAAUAAAAAUAAAAAACAUUGUUUCGAA